UUCCGUUAUUGUGCGCCCUGAGGUGUGCUCUGCAUCGGAACCGCUUUGGCGAACUGGGUAGCCAAGCCUUUAGGUGAAAACUAAUAAGAGUUCUGGGCAUAGACGUAUUUAAACAUGGAUCUUCAUCAAGGAGGUUGGUUAGGAUGGGCAACUCUGUUUGCCAUUGCGUUAUCAGUGAACAGUUUGAGCAAACACGACAUGUUUGAUUAUGGAGAGCAAGCUGGAGACCAACUGUUGGAGCAGGGGACCGACCAAACUCAAGCACUUAUUUUGAACCAGUCAAUGUUCUUCUUCGAUGGCGCAUAUGACACUGUUUAUAUCAACACCAAUGGCUUUCUGGCAGUAGAAGAACCUAAGGUGGAGUCGGAGUACCUGGGAAAGAUGCCUGCCAGCUUCGGAAUGAUAGCGAUUUUCCUCGGGGAUCUGGACAACAGCGACGGAGUGGGGAAGGUGUACUACCGGCAGGACAGCAGGCCCUCAGUGCUUCUCCGCACCAUUGACCACAUCAGCCAGGCAUUCCCUCAGGACGAUGAGAUCAAGCCCACCCACGCCUUAAUCAUCACAUGGGAGAACGUGGCGGCGCACGGCGAGCAUGGUCGAGGAGAUGGGCUGGACAGAAAGAGAAACACGUUCCAGCUGGUGGUGGCGUCUAUGGCGUCCGCCUCCUAUGCCAUCUUGUUCUACCCCAGGGAGGGGCUGCAGUACAUCUCCACGCCUGUGGCGGGCCAGAGCGUACCAGUUCACGCCGGUUUCAGCCAGGGUCUGGUUCAGGCCUGGUUCAGCUGGAGCAGCAGCCAGGGGCCCUACUACCGCAUCGCCACCGACGACGAGGCGUCCGUCAGACAGCUCUCCGAAGAGACCAACUCAGGCAGGCGUGGUGUGUGGGUGUACGAGAUCGGCACCUCCCCGUUCUUCUCCUCCAUCACCCCAGGCCUGGUCACCAACCUGUCCCCGGAGGAGGGCGUGGCAGUUGGGCAGGUGGAGCAGGUGUCAGAGUCUCCACCCAGAAACAAUGGAGAACAACAGGAGAUUGAAUUCCCUCCCUAUGAGCACGAGGAAGAAGAGGAGACACCUGAGCCGGAGCUGCCCCCAACUAUCUACCCGGUCCAGUACCAGCCCAGAUACCCUGUUGUCCCUGAGUCGCCCCAGACCAGCUACCCUGAGCCGGUCCAGACCAGCUAUCCUGAGUCGGUCCAGACCAGCUAUCCUGAGUCGGUCCAGACCAGCUACCCUGAGUCGGUCCAGACCAGCUACCCUGAGUCGGUCCAGACCAGCUACCCUGAGCUGGUCCAGACCAGGUACCCUGAGCCGGUCCAGACCAGGUACCCUGAGACAGUCCAGACCAGAUACUCUGUGCCGGUCCAGCCUGCCCAGCUGCAGCCACCCCGCUACCAGCCUCAAACCCCACAGGUGGUGGUCGUGGAUGAAGAUGAUGCCCUUGAUGUUGAUGUGUUUGCGUACAGUUCUGAGACAUGCGCCAGUAACAGGCAGAAGUGCUCGUCCUUCGCUGACUGUAAGGACUACACCAAUGGCUACUGCUGCCACUGUAGGCCUGGUUUCUAUGGCAACGGCAAGGAUUGUGUGGCUGAAGGUAAGCCCCAGCGGAUGAACGGCAAAGUGAGCGGUCGGGUGUUCGUGGGCAACUCGCCCUCGCCACUGGAGUUUUACAACAAUGACCUGCACUCGUAUGUGGUGGCCAACGAUGGGCGCGCCUACGUGGCCAUCAGCACCAUCCCGGCCGGCUUGGGACCCUCCCUGCAGCCCCUCUCUUCCCUGGGAGGGGUCAUCGGCUGGGCCUUCGCUCUAGAGCAGCCUGGCUAUGAGAACGGCUUCAGCAUCAUCGGUGGCGUGUUCUCCAGGCAGGCCGAGGUGACCUUCUUACCAGGCAACGAGAGGCUGACCAUCAAGCAGGAGUUCAAGGGUGUCGACGAGCACGACCACCUGGUGGUGAGCACCGAGCUGGAGGGCCGUCUCCCUGAGGUCCCACACGGCUCCACUGUCCAGAUCGACCCAUACAAGGAGCUCUACCAGUAUGGCAGUAACCGGAUCACCUCCUCCUCCAACCGCGACUACACUGUGAGCCUACUGGACGGCAGCGUCCAGACCAAGACCUACCAGUGGCGUCAGACCAUCACCUACCAGAGCUGUCCCAAUGACGAGGCGGUCAGGGACGUGCAACCUACCCAGCAGCUCAGCGUCGACCAGAUCUUCGUCAUGUACGACUCGGGCAACCAGCUGAUCCGCUACGCUAUGAGCAACAAGAUCGGCUCCAUCCACGGUGGCCCACCAGAGCAGAACCCAUGUUUUACCGGCAGACACGGCUGCGACACCAAUGCCGCCUGCAGACCCGGAGAAGGCGUCCAGUUCACCUGCAAGUGUUCCACUGGUUUCACUGGGGACGGACGUCAAUGCUAUGACAUUGACGAGUGCAGAGAGACACCCGAGAUCUGUGGUUCUCACGCCGUAUGCAACAACCAACCGGGAACAUUCCGCUGCGAGUGUGUGGAUGGUUUCCAGUUCGCCAGCAAUGGCAAGACCUGUGUCGAAGUGGACCGUCCCAUAGACCACUGCCAGAGGGGUACCAAUAACUGCGACAUCCCAGAGCGGGCACGUUGUAGCUACACGGGGGCGUCCGCCUAUAUUUGCUCCUGUCUGUCCGGAUUCGUGGGUGAUGGUCAUACUUGCCAGGACAUUGACGAGUGCGAGCAAGGUCGCUGUCACCAGGACGCCGUCUGUUAUAACGCUCAGGGCUCCUUCACCUGUCAGUGCCGCCCUGGUUUCCAUGGCGAUGGCUUCCAGUGUGCCCCUGGCUCCCCAGAGCUUGAGAAGACGCAGUGCGAGCGAGACAGAGAAAGCAUCCAGGUCUCUUCCGACACAGGCUCGUUUUCCUUCUUCCGCCCACGCCCCGCCGUCAGUCAGUACAUUCCUACCUGCGACCAGCAUGGUGCCUACGAGCCCACCCAGUGCCACGGUAGCAUUGGGCAGUGCUGGUGUGUGGACGGCAAUGGUCAGGAGGUCCCCAACACUAGAACUGGCCCCGGCCAAAGACCUUUGUGUAUUGACCAAGCAGUGAUUCCUCCCCCGAUCGGACCCACCACCAGGCCGGAUGUCUCUCCUGUGGCCCCAGGGACCCACCUGCUGUUUGCCCAGAGCGGGAAGAUCGAGCACAUCCCUCUGGACGGAUACAGCAUGAACAAAGGGGAGGCCAAAGCCCUGCUGCACCUGCCUGACAGAGUGGUGAUCGCCGUGGCCUACGACUGUGUGGAGAAGAUGGUGUACUGGACGGACAUCACUGGGCCCUCCAUCAGCAAGGCCAGCCUGGAAGGAGGAGACAUCAUUUCUCUCGUCACAACAGACCUGGAGAGUCCAGAGGGUUUGGCUAUCGACUACCUGGCCCGACUAAUGUUCUGGACGGACUCCAUGAAGGACAGGAUUGAGGUGGCCAAACUGGACGGAAGCCAGCGCCGUGUCCUCUUCGACACCGACCUGGUCAACCCUCGGCCCAUCGUCGCUGACCCCUCCUAUGGACGACUCUACUGGGCAGACUGGAAUAGAGACGGGCCCAAAAUCGAGAUGUCUAACAUGGACGGAACCGACCGGACAGUCUUGGUUAAGGACGACCUGGGGCUGCCCAACGGCCUGACAUAUGACCCUGAGAGCCAGCAGCUGUGCUGGGCCGAUGCUGGUACUCGUAAGGUACAGUGUAUGGACCCCAACGGUAGGAACCGUAGGACUAUUGUGGAGGGGAUUCAGUAUCCUUUCGCCAUCGUAUCCCAUGGGAGGAACCUUUACUACACUGACUGGAGAAGGGAGGCGGUGGUAGCCGUGGACCACACAACAGACAGAGAGACGGACGAGUUUCUGCCACAGAAGCGUUCGCGAGUGUACGGCAUUGCCACGACCCCAACUCAAUGCCCACAAGCGUAUAACUACUGCUCGAACAACGGAGGCUGUUCACACCUUUGUCUACCCCGCCGCAGCGGCUUCACCUGCCGGUGCCCAGACGUGGUGGACGGAAGCUGUGUGGAGAGGAACUUGUGAGGAGUGAAGAGAGAAUAGUAGAUUCUCCUCCUAACUGCACAAAGGGAUUGUGACACGUGUACCUUCCAACUUCCUCUGUAGAGGAAUAAUGAUAAACUGCCUCCGGGUGGGGGUUACUCUGUGGCCCAAAUCCAUUCAGAUCGCUAGGCCUCUACUGCUCAGUUUAUUGUUGAAUCCCCUCUGGCAGAUCUGAGAGGAUUGGGUCGUUUGUAAGGAUAUGAUAGCGAUCUCUACUGUAGUUCUCUGGUUAGUUAGGUGGAGAUGCUAUCCUAUUGCUUACACCUAUCUCGUCCUUUGAUCUUGUUACUGUUACGGUGUGUAUUUGAAACCUCCCAAAUUAUUUUGCCAUUAUUUUCUGAUCCAUUUGAUAAAAGGUCACAUUGUAUUUUUACCUGAAAUAUAGACGUAUUAUCUGAAGUACACGUUUCCAUUGGUGCACUUGAUGACCAGUUAUAGCUGAUUAUUACUGUGAAGGUGUACAGAUUGUUGGGCAUAACGCCAGGUUGUCGGUGUUUGGCUGCCACAAGCCUAUCUGGAGAGAAGUUGGCCCAUCGCCUUUUGAUGACCUCAUUCUCCCCUUGACAGGGUUGACAGCCCACCAUAGGAGUGUUACAUAAGGUUAAUGCGUGUACUGUGUGUGCAGCUGUGCGGUGACUAUGAGAAAAAACAAGAACAUUUACAUUAUGUGCAGCUGUCCUAUUAACAUUUUUACAAGUUUGGUGUACAUGGUCUUUUUUCUUGUUAGUCCAGUAACAUGUUUGUUAUCAGGAAGAUGUCUUUUUUUUUUAAAGCAUACAGUAACUAUAAUACCAGUUUAUGGUUUGUGAAAAUACACAUUGUCAUUUGUAAAUGCAUUAUAUUUCUAAUACAUACUCAAAAUGAA